UUCUUCUCAUUGAUUCUGAACCAUCCAGCUUCUACACGACUUGUUGUUCUCUCUCCUAUUGACGACUUCUUUAUAGCCUCUCAUUAUGCCACUGCCUGCGAGACCCCUGGAUGCCCUUAGCCAGGCAUUUCCUCCCAAACCAAAAUUCACCGAGGCAAAUGUUCCCGAUCUCACAGGAAAGGUGACCAUUGUUACCGGAGCAAACACUGGAGUCGGUCGCGAGAUUGCCCAGGUUCUCUACAGCAAGAAUGCUACCGUCUGGGUCGCAGCUCGCAAUAAGGAAAAGGGCGAGGCUGCCAUUGAGGGCAUCAAGAAGCAGCACCCCGAGUCAAAGGGGUCCCUCAAGUUCCUCAAGCUCGAUCUCGCGGAUCUAACAACAAUUGGGACCUCAGCCAAGUCGUUCCUUGACGCUGAGAGUAAACUCGACAUUUUGUUCAACAAUGCGGGAGUUAUGACACCACCAGAGGGGUCCAAGACUGUGCAGGGGUACGAGCUCCAGCUUGGAGUUAAUUGCCUUGGCCACUUCUUGUUCACCAAGUACCUCACUCCUCUUCUUCAAAAGACGGCGAAGUCGGCGCCCAAGAACUCGGUCCGCGUGAUCUGGGUGUCUAGUUCAGCAGCCGAUGUUCUCGCACCAAAGAAUGGAUUCGAGCGUGAUAACCUUGAUUAUCAUGAGCCGCGAAAUCUGGUGUUCAAGUACGCAACGAGCAAGGCUGGCAACUUCUACCACAACACAGAGUUCGCCAGGAGGUUCAAAGAUGAUGGCAUUGUGAGCGUAUCUCUUAACCCUGGCAAUCUGUCAAGCGAACUCGAUCGCACCUCGCCAUGGUAUAUGUACUAUCCUAGAACCAUUACCACAUAUGCUCCUAUCUAUGGCGCAUAUACAGAGCUAUUUGCUGCUUUUUCUGAGGAUAUCACAGUCGACAAAUCCGGUAUUUGGGUGGUUCCAUGGGGUCGAUUCAUGCCUAUCCGCCCAGAUCUUGAGAAGGGCGCUUUGCCCGAAUCCGAAGGUGGAACAGGUAUGGCAGAGUUCUUCUGGAACUGGUCUGAAGAACAGGUCAAGCCCUACUAUCAGGCUUGACCGGAUUUCUAUAAACUUGUUACCAACAGAGUUUGUUGAACUAUUGUCGUGAGGUCCAGCUUUGAUGAGCCUUAAUGAGUCAAUAGAUG